UGACUAAAAUGAUUAAAAUGAUACAGUACUGCUGAGGUAGGCUAGCUGCGUUGUUGACACUACCCUAAUCAAGUCGUUCCGUUGAGUGUGAAGUUUCUACAAUGCUGCUUUUCGGGGGCUAGCUGGCUAGCUAGCAGUGUUGGUUACGUUACGUUGCGUUAGGAGAACGACAAUAGCUGGCUAGCUAACCUAGAAAAUCGCUCUAGACUACACAAUUAUCUUUGAACCAAAGACGGCUAUGUAGCUAGCUAUGUAGCUAGCUACGAUCAAACAAAUCACACCGUUGGGACUGUAAUGAAAUGAAAUGAAAAUAUGAUACUACCUGUGGAGCGAAGCGGAAUGCGACCGGAAUGCGAAAGUUCUAUUCAGUAGACGUUGGCUGGCUAUUGGCUAGCUAGGAGUGUCUCCUACGUUAAGGACGACAAAAUAGCUGGCUAGCUAACCUCGGUAAAUUAAGAUAAUCACUCUAAGACUACACACUCUAACUACACAAUUAUCUUGGAUACGAAGACAGCAAAGACAACUAUGUAGCUGGCUAAAGUCUAACAACUUUGCCAGCAGUCAUACCAGGUAAGAUAGAUAGACAAGCUAGCUGCUAUAAUUUAAUUGAUAGCCUGAAAUGGCUUCCUGGUAGCUAGUUAUGUUGGGAGAUUGGGAACCUAUCUUGGCUAGCUAAAGCCAACUUCAUAAAAUUGCUAGUAGUAAUUGUAAAUUAAACAUACUUUUUAAAUAUUUUUUAAAUGGGCAUGAUGCCUCUGUGUGAUGCUGAAUAGGUUCUGACAUAAUGUGGUCGGAGAGACUUCUAAAGGUUUAUAACACAUGUAUUAAGUUUUUCAGACUGAAGAUGGUGUGGAUACUACUUUUAAUGGCCUUCCUGACCACUGCGGCGGUCCAGUGUCAGAGAUCCUUGCUGAAAGACAAAAAAGGACUGGACCCAGAGGUCAACAUGAAUAUUAGUGAGAUCAUCAGGCAUUGGGGCUACCCAGCAGAGGAGCAUGAUGUCGUCACAGAAGACCUCUACAUCCUCAGUGUCAACAGGAUCCCACAUGGCCUGAAGGACAGUAAAGAUCCCAAGCCUGCAGUGUUCCUCCAGCACGGUCUCCUAGCUGCGGGGAGUAACUGGGUGACCAACCUGCCCAACACCAGCCUGGCUUACCUGUUAGCUGACGCUGGCUACGACGUCUGGAUCGGCAACAGCAGGGGAAGCACCUGGUCCAGGAGACACCUCACACUCAGCCCUGACCACGACGAGUUCUGGCAGUUCAGUUAUGAUGAGAUGGCAAAGAAGGACCUGCCAGCAGUGGUCAACCACAUCCUGAAGACCACAGGCCAGGAGACGAUCUACUAUGUAGGCCACUCUCAGGGAACCACUAUUGCUUUUGUUGCAUUCUCUUCAAUGCCUGAGCUGGCAAGCAAAAUCAAGAUGUUCUUCGGCCUGGCACCAGUGGCCACCGUGGCUUUUACUGCCAGCCCCAUAACCAAGCUCUCCAUCUUCCCCGAUUACCUCAUUUGGGAUCUAUUUGGGAAGAGGGACUUCAUGCCUCAGAGUUCUCUCAUCAAGUGGUUUGCUACCAAAUUCUGCAGUAAGGAGCCUCAUAGCGAGCUGUGUGGAAACAUCUUCUUUGUCCUCUGUGGCUUUGAUGAGCUGAACCUCAACAUGACUCGCACACCUGUGUACAUCUCUCACUGCCCAGCAGGCACCUCAGUGCAGAACAUGAUUCACUGGUCUCAGGCGGUGCAUGUUGGAAAGCUGAUGGCGUAUGACUAUGGGAGAGCAGGGAACAUGGCUCACUAUAACCAGUCGACCCCUCCGUUGUACAACAUUCAGGACAUGAAGGUGCCUACGGCCCUGUGGUCCGGAGGUCACGACACACUUGCUGACCCUAAGGAUGUUGCCGUGCUGCUCACCCAGGUCUCCAACUUGGUGUACCACCGCCACAUCGAGCACUGGGAACACCUGGACUUCAUCUGGGGCCUGGACGCCCCCCAGGAGAUGUACAGUGAGAUAAUCAAACUGAUGAGCCAGCAGGACUUGGUGUAAACAGUGGAUAGGCAGGGAGAUUUUGAUAAUUUUAGCCUCAACUCUCAUCACAAUCGCUGAAGAGAUUUUAAUACUGUAUCUGACAUAUUUUGGGAGUCAUAUCAGAGUGCCUGGGUGCGAGUGUUUGUGCACUGUAUGUGUGUUUGUUACUAUAAGGGUGUGUAAGAGAGAGUAUUAACACACGUGUGUGUUUGACUAAACCAUGAGCAAUAAUCAUUCACCUCUAAAUUGGGGUAGUGCGGUACACAAGCUGAGUUUAGGGUUAUGUGUGAGGAAUCAUCUUGUAUUAUUUUUUGUCUUUUACUACUGUCCUCUCUUCCACAACACUUGAAUGGAUUUUAAUCUGUGUUUUGAGAAUUUCCCGGGUUUGUAAAAACACAGAAGUACAUUUAGAUCCUGUUGAAAUCCUGCUUGUAGGUUUAGAUGAAUAUAUCUCAGUCAUUGGUGCAAUAUCAUGGUUACUGUCCAGGGCCCAGUUCAACACCCAGUACCUCUCUCUUCAGGACUUGUGUUGGGUUGGUUUAUUUUGCUGUGCCUUUUUAGUCAUACAAAUUCAUUGUUUUGUUUGUUGACCACUAAUUUAGCUCUUUCCUGUGCUGUUGACUGUCUUUUUAUUAGCUACUUCCUCAAUGUAUUUUUAUUGGAUUUUAGGUGAUCUUGAGAAUGAAUUAGGAAGGGUGUUGACCAAAGAAUGACUGACUUGUUUGUUCAUUCAUUCAUUCAUUCAUUCAUUCAUUCAUCAUAUUUAUGCCACCUUGUAACUCAUUGAGAAGACUACUCAAUAAAUCUCCAUUACAAAAUCAGGUUGUACGAUUAAAUUACUUGACAACAUUUAUUGAAAAGUGCUUGUCUGAGUAUCUACUCAUAUAUUUUAUUUAUUUAAACAUUGUCAAAGGCUUUAAUCUGUAACAAUGUUUUAAUUUACUUACUCGUAUGUACUGUACAAAGGACAAUAUCAAAACCAGAAACAAAAAACACUCAACUCACUCACAAAUAUUUAGAGAAGCAUACUAUUCAGAAAAAUAGUAGACACUGAGUGAACAAAACAUUAAGAACACCUUCUCUUUCCGUCACAGACUGACCAGGUGAAUCCAGACUAAAUGUCUAAGUGCCUUUGAAUGGGGUAUGGCAGUAGCAGCCAGACGCACCGGUAAGAGAGUCAAGAACUACAAUGCUUCUGGGUUUUUCAAUCACAACAGUUUCCCUUGUGUAUUAAGAAUGGUCCACCACCCAAAGGACAUCCAGCCAACUUGACACAACUGUGGGAAGCAUUGGAGUCAAUAUGGGCCAGCAUCCCUGUGGAAGCCUUUCGAUACCUUGUAGUCCAGGGAUCAUCUAGUCAGCUGCGGGACAAUUUUUUUCUUGAGAGGAUAAAUAGAAGUUGGGGAACCCUGUUGUAAGUCCAUGUCCCAACUAAUUCUGAGAGCAAAAGGAGGUGAAACUCAAUAUUAGUGUAAUGUUUUGUACUCUCAGUGUAAAUUAAAUGAAUCAUUCAAAUAGGAUCAACCAUGAGGCAAUUAAAAACAAUUACAUGGCCACUUGUACUGGUAUUAACUUUAACGAAUGGUUGAUAUACAGCUGAGGCUAAGGUGUCCAGUACGAACUACAUACUGUAUAAAAAUGACUGUCAGACAAAAUACUACUGAAAAGAUGGUGAUGUUGCCAUGGUGAAAAGUUCCCCCUCGUCCUCAAAACCCCCUUAAAGCUUUCAGUCUGUCUUUUUCAGCAUUGUUACAAUAUUCUUGAACUGCAGUCUCCUUGCUAUAUCCAGUGGGGUUUUAUCAUUCUAAAGGACAGAAGAAUGCAUCAUAUUACCACCAAAACUUUGAUAAAUAUAUCCCUGUCAAACCAAGACGAAAAGCCGCCAACUUUACCAUGACGCCAACUUUUGUCCGCCUUUUAUGUAUAUCUGAAAGGUAUUGGCAGUAACAAAGCCUGUAAUUUUGUUUAAUAGUCCCGUCAAAGCCUCAAUAUAAAACGUCCCUUCAUUUUAACGGAUUGGGAACGUUUUAAAUCAUGAACAUGCCAUUGUUGUCUGACAUCAAACCUGUCCGCGUUAAUCACAAAGCUUUACGGAAAUGCUUUUAAUGCAUUUAUAUGCUCUCCAUCUAAAUUGACUGUAUGCACAGUGUUCGAAAAGUAUUCAGACCCCUUGGCUUUUCCCACUUUUUGUUACGUUAUAGCCUUAUUCUAAAAUUGAUUAAAUAAAUGAAAAUCCUCAUCAAUCUACACACAAUCCCCCAUAAUGGCAAAGCAAAAUCCUUUUUUUUUUUUUUUGGCAAAUUUAUCUGCAAAUCCAAACAUCUGCUUUUCACUGGAAUAUGGUUUGUCUGGAAUAAACAGUUUUCAUGAA